AUGAACGACCCUGCCUUUACAUUUAACAUUCAGAAGAAGCACACACUAACCGGACAACGUACUGCCGAAGACGUACGAUUGCAGACGAUCGUAACGCCAAGCGCAGGUCAGCUUGAGCAACGUAUGGUGCGAUCGAGUGAGCGAUGGAAGACGCCUCUGGACGAGCAUCAACAUCAUGGGCCACUACAUCAUCGAUCCCAUGCGCGGACCAUCUCUGCUUCACAGUUUACUGAUGUUGCCUUCCAUACACCCACCACGGUGGUUGGCAUUCCAGCCUUACCAGAAUUGGAAGGCGACUCACCGCAAGACACAGAACCCACCGAACCACAAGUGACACCUGUGAACCCCGUGUCAAGGUCGCCUCGCACGAAUCCUGUCUUCUCACCGUUGUCGCCCAGUAUCUACUCGCGCAACACCGACGGUAUCAGCAUUCUCCCCAACGAUAGCGUUAUGUCCUUCGACGGCACCCAUGACCGCCAGACUAACGACGACUCUGGCUCAGCUGUUAUCAUUACAAGCCAUGCUGUGAAGAGCUAUGUGAUCGGCACGCCGUCACCGCGACACAAUACGGAAUCAGUAAGAUCAAGCAAAGAUUGGAAAGCAUGGCUAUCCCGCGAGGUUUCGGAAUUGGGUAGCUCUCUUGAAGGAGAUAUCACGAUUAAUGACGGAUACACUCCUACAACCCGAAAUAACUCAUCAACGAGUCGGCAUCAUCGUGAGCUUACCCAGAUUGAAGAUGAUAGGACUACUAUAGUAGCAAGGGCGUCCACGGACACACGGAUCCUUUUACCGUUGUCACCAACAUCGAGCGAAGCAAAAGAUGAAUGUGCGGACAUAGAUCAAAAGCUAUCAAGUUUCUCGUAUGAGGAACCCUCGUGCGAUGCCAAUGUCACUCGAAAGGAUGAGGUCGUUCCUGCUUCAGACACGAAAUCUGAGAAGCGCGCGAUGUCUCCACUGGUUCGGACUCCUGCUAUCCGUAAGGACAGACACUCUUCAGCUCACAGCCAUCGCUCUGCAAAGUCGCGCUCCUCGGUCAGCACCCCAAAAUCUUCAACAAUGAACGACCGCUUCCCUUUCAUUGACACUGGGCGACGCACAAGUAUCAACAGUGCACGCUUCAGUCGCUCAUCGCGAUCCGCUACGGAUAGCGGCUCCUCUACUAGAUCCAAAGGCACCCCAGUUUCUAAAGUGUAUUCGGACGUCUCUGCACCAGUCACUGUAAAUUGGGCACCACAGCCUACCCCGAAGACGAACAGCAAGGAAAGCAAAGAGUCAGAAGAGAACAAGGAGAACUUCAAGGAGCGCGUGACCCCCCUCACCACACUGGCGACAGAGCUAGAAUCAGUACAGUCUAGGACGGUGUUCUUGUCACCUCUUGCUAGCAAAGAGAACAGGCCCAAGUCAAUGCUCCCAUUGUCAUCUGCUAAGAUAGACCGAAGUACGCUCCCGCUCAACGAGUACGCGACUACAAGUGAGGAUGCAGUGCCGUCCAAGCCAACGGGCAGCAAACCAGCACAGUCUUCCACUUUGUCAAGCGGUCGGCAGCGACAGCGAAUGCGCACAAAUCUAUCGUCUAUUUCCCCCAGAAAGCUCACAACAAGGCCGAAAAGCGCGUUCGAGCUACGUGGCAAAGGCGCCCUGUCUCUGAUACCCAACGCUCUGAACGCCCAAGUCGGUUCAGCCGACGAGAGCCCGACAAAGAAAGCGGGCCAAUAUUCCACUAGGACUCCGGACCCUCUGCCUGUGCCACUUUCAGGGCGCUCCAGCGGCAUUGAUCAGGACACUCUGCGUAUGCUUCUCGAAUCGCCGUGGGCUAUUUCUGGUCCACCGCCUUCGCCUCGAUCCUCUAUGGAACACGCGGAUCGUUCACGAAUAAGGCCAAAGCUACAUAUCAAGCACAGCUCGAGCACUUUAGCGCUGCAGAGGGAACCGAGCCCUGGUAUUGAGGAACAGACCAUUGACGCCAUAAUCGACGAGCGGCCUUUGAGCAGGCGAAGCAACUUCAGCAGUGUCUGCGGAGAAGAGAAAGGCGGCGUGACAGGAAGGAUUACUCCUGGGCAGCGGAUGGCGGAGAGAUACUUGAGAGAGAGGACUGCACCGAGGGGGAGCGGAGCAGGGACACCGUGUAGUGAUAUUGAGCACAAGAGUGUGCGGAAAGGUCCAACAGGGCAGAAAUUGGAUAGGGAGGAUACGCCGGCAUUCUUGUGA